AUGAAGGCAGUCGACGUCAAGAAUGGUGCUGGGUUUGCAUCCGAUCUCUUCAUCAACGACUCUGUCCCGAAGCCAGACCCGUCGCCAACCCAGUGUCUCGUCCGGGUGAAGGCGUUCGGGAUCAACCGCGCUGAUACCGUACAGCGAACGGGUUUCUACCCGCCGCCUCCAGGAGCAUCCAAGAUCCUAGGCCUCGAGUUCAGUGGGGUGAUCGAAGCUGUGGGCAAUGAUCAAGCUUCCACCGGUACGCAAUGGAAGGCCGGAGACGAGGUGUUUGGUCUGGUGUAUGGGGGAGCGUAUGCAGAGUAUGUCGAGGCGGAGAUGAAGCUGCUCAUUGCUAAACCAGCAGACUGGAGUUGGGAGUAUGCUGCUGGAGUAUGGUUUACAGCUCUGCAAGCCUUGUACUUAGUAGGAGGCUAUAACGCAGACACCACGCGGUCAGUUCUAUGGCAUGCUGGCGCAUCAUCGGUGUCUAUAGCGGGCAUCCAGUUAACCCGACUUGCAAACGCUUUGCGGUCAGAUGUCCCGCCUCCCAAAGUGUUUGCUACAGCCCGAAGCGACGAGAAAUGCGGCUUUUGCGUUCGGGAUCUGUCCUGCUCGGGUGCCGUCAAUACCAACACCCAUGGCAACGACUGGGCCGAAGAAGUCAAAAAGCUGAAUGAUGGGGAAGGUGUUGAUCUGAUCAUCGACUAUGUUGGUCCAACUUACUUCCAACCCAACCUGAAUCUUGCGGCAAGGGACGGUCGCAUCGUCUUAUUGGGUCUGUUAGCUGGAUCUAUCUUGCCGGAUAAGGUUGAUAUCCGUCCUGUCUUAAUGAAAAGAUUACGGAUCGAAGGCAGCACAUUGAGAUCGAGGGAUGUAAACUACCAGGCCAAGUUGCGGGAACUGUUCGAAGAGAAGGUCUUACCGGGCUUGCAAAUGGGGUCGUUCCAGCAUGUUGUGGACUCUGUGUUCAAGUGGGAAGAUAUCCAGAAAGCACAUGAACUGAUCGAGAGCAACAGAACUAAGGGUAAGAUCGUUUGCACGAUUGAUUGGUGA